UACGGUUCAUGGCUAAUUUUACAAUUGCUUGAAGUAACCUGAAAUAGUGCACCAACGAUGUCUCGAGAGGAUCGUGGCGGAUUUGGAGAUUGGCAGAUCGUCAAGCGUUUAGGUUCCGGAGGAAAUGGAGAAGUUUCGCUUUGGCAGAACCGAAAAACACGCCAGAAGUUAGCUAUCAAAUCAUUGAAAUUUCCACCGGAUCAUGAUCAGCAAAAAGAUGGACGGCGUUGGCGUGACGAAAUUGCUUUCGCCAGAGAAAUCAAACAUGAAAACAUCGUUCAAAGUGUAAAUGUUCCAGAGGAAUUCAAGGCGUAUUUAAUGCGUCAAUAUCCACCCGAACCACUCAUUAUGGAAUAUUGCGAGAAAGGUGAUUUGCGCAAAAAACUUCAGAUGCAGGAACAUUUAAAUGGCAUGCCAGAAUUCGAUAUUCGUAAUAUCGUAAAGUGCAUGCGGAAUGCAAUAGUUCAUAUGCAUUCAAAGGGAAUUUCUCAUCGAGACAUCAAACCUGAGAAUUUGGUGAUAAAAGAGGUGAAUGGAUGUGAAGUGUACAAGCUAACCGAUUUGGGAUACGCGCGAGAAAUUACUUCGACAAUUGAAGCCAGCCAUGUAGGGACUUUUGAAUAUUUUGCCCCAGAAGUGAUAACUGAACUGAGCUACUCAAAUACAGUUGAUUAUUGGUCAAUGGGCGUAAUUGUAUUCGAAAUUAUAUGCGGCGUUCGACCGUUUCUUCCGGGCAGCCCCGUCACGGACUUUAUAUCGAAAUUAAAAUUGAAAGAUCCUAAGACUAUAGCCAUAACAAAAUCGCAUGACAACCGAUUUGAGAAUCAUAGCACUUUGUUCGAGCAAAACCAGAUAUCGCCGUGCUUCAAACGAUUUUUGGAGGUUUGGCUUCGUAUUCCCCUCGAUGUGAAUCCCCGGAAUCGUGCGAUUCGUACAGAUAAUGGGCCCGUUUCAGGCACACCAUCCCCUGCGAGUCUGAAAAUAUUUAAUGACUUGGACUAUCUUCUAUCAGCGACAAUAUUAACUGUGUUUUGCAUGCACAAUUUUCGUCUGUUUAGUUACAACAUUUCUGAAGGAAUCACGCGAGAAGGUUUUCUGACUACUUUGUCGACUGACACAGAAAUUCCGAAAGACGAUCUAGUGAUAAUUUUACCUCCGGAGAAUGUUCACAUUGCUCGAUUCACCUCAAGUAACAAACCGAUAGAGCUUUACAUAGAUGAUCUGCACGACAAACCGAUGGUGUAUUGCACGACUGAUAAGGACACGCUCAAGGACACUAGUCAAAACGUUGGUCUUUCGGCGGUGCUGCUUGAGGCACUGGGGGAUAACAACGUGAAAAAUCGGAAGCACGCCCUUGAAGUUGCCAAACACCUGAUAUUCUAUGUUCAACAGCAAGGCCGAUUUGCGACAUUCUUCAUGCACGCUCUGUUGAACUAUGCUGUGAUGGUGGACGAUUGGAUUUUCAAGUUCCAAGGAAAGGUGGACGAGAUGUCGACGAUGUUCUGGCAAUUAAAAGGCGCUAUGCAAUUCUAUUUGUUACAGUUGGAUCAGACCAAAAAUAUUUUGGUAGAGAAAAAUGUCUCAGCUAAGUUGGAAGAUAAUAGCGAAAAGCUGAUUGAGCGCUUCAAAAAAAUUAAUGAUCUCUUCAUUCGAACCCGCAAUCGAUUCAUAUCUGUAUUGCGUCGAAGCAAAACUACUAUAAGCGAACUAAAUGCAAGUUUCAAUGACCAUUUGAGUACAAUUGAGAAAAUAUGCGACAUCUCUACUCCCUGUGAAUUAUACAACAAAUUUCGUGUUUGCUCAAGCAUCGCUGAUACUGCCAAGGAGAUGUUUAAAUAUUUUAACGACUUUCAAAAAAACUGGUUCUUCCUGAACUCAGCGCAAAUCAAAAAUAUCCAAACGUCUGUGUCGGAAAUUCAUGUUGAAUUCGAAAUAAUUGAAACUGUUGUAGACGGACUGAUUAAACAGCAAGUGGAAACGCAACAAUUGCUCAAUCGAAUGGCUGCAGAUUUUAGCAAAUCUCUUUGGGAAAUUGCUACGAGUACAGCGUCCGCGACAAUUGAUGGUCCGAACAUUCCAGAUUUGGAUGGAAUUUUAUCUUCAAAGCAAGUUAACGUCGCGGAAGAAUUGUGUGAGUUGGAAAAUUCAUGCGCGAGUGCAAUGAUUAGCAAUGGCGAGAAUUGGUCAAUGGUGGAGGCUAGCGAAGAAGCCAAAUCAAUUCUUAUUCUGAAUAGUGACUUAUGGGAUAGGGUGGAACGCUCGCUGCAGAAAUGAUACUCCACCUCUAUCGAGUCCAGGAAUUAUGGAGAAGUGCCUAGAUAUGAUCCAGUUUAUACAAUUGAGUGAAGUUUGAGUAUGUUUAUCAUAUGAUAGUCUAGAAUAUUUUCCCUGGAAAAGUGUAGCGUUAAGAAUAGAUUUGGAAUAAUCACGGAUUAAUUGUUGUGCCCAACCGCCCAGGUUGGUGCUGCUACGCUACAAAUGGCAGCAGCUAGUCGACCAAUAUAACGAAUACUAGUGCACAGUAAUACUGCGCAUUACGCUCAUGGAAUACAAGCUGGCACGCGAUGUAGUCUUUUGCAGUUUACUAAAACAAUUAACAAAAACAACAAGUAAAAACCAGAAAUUCUGUCUACUUUUUGAGAAUUCCUCAUCAACGCUAAAAUUAGGGUUUUUUUUUUCUAAUUUGCCAUUUUUUGAGUGAUUUGCUAGCCAGUAUUUCAAGUAGAAAGGGAAAAACACGAAUCUUCUUUUUUUGGUCACAAUUUUUCUGCAUUUAAAUAGUUUGCUUUUGGAAUAAAGCAAAUUGUAGCCAAAAAAGAAGGUCCGUAUUUUUAAAGUAUUGUGUAAAACAAAACCUUAUUAAAAUCUAACUGUCUGUUCGUCCGUCGGUCUGUCUGUCACAGGCACUUUCUCAGAAACGGUUACUGUAAUUAAUUCGAAAUUUGGUAAGAAGAUGGGAAGUCCGAGUCCCACGGAACCACCAUUUAGGUAUUACUUCGCAACUUGGGUUUGACUUUAAGCGCCCGUCCUUCUGUUCCUUUCCGGUUUCCUCUUUCAGCACGGUACACAGUACGAUUGCGGAGGAAACCGUAGACCAGUGCCUUUUCGAUCCCAGCAUCUCUGCGACUCAAUUCUCCGGGCUCAUGCUCCUGCCUAACUUUUGGUUCAGAUUCGUCCUCUCCUUGGGGAGUGAAACAUCACAUGCUUUUCGCCAGAAUGUUGACCGGGGUCAUGCCCACUACCAACAGUAUUAGCUUAUCUUAUGUAGUUCCAAAAGCACUGAAAGCCAUGAGAAAGUAAACCAAAUUCAUCUGCUUUCAUCUCUGGGGGUUUGCAAGCGACUAUGCCCACCUAGGUGAUGAGUAAAGCAGAAUGGAUGACACCACGCUGGCUAGAAGCAACCUGUCGUAGUGUUUCGGCUGACCAAUAUUCGGCAUAUUGUCCACUAUCUUACUAGCUCGAAUAGCCCCAUACACCCAGAACAUCAUUGGCCCAUACCAAAGAGGCUUCACUCGAGGCAAAUCAGCAACAGAUCAGAUUUUUUCUCUGCGGCAAGCGAUGCGAAAACUGUUAGAAUAUGGCCAUGUACCAUAUUUUCAUCGACUUCAAGGUCACCUAUGAUAGCAUAGUUAGGGUAAAACUACACGGCCGUGGGAGAAUUCGGUCUCCCAACGAAAUUAACAAGACUGAAGAGGCUAACCCUGACUAAUAUGCGAGACCAGAAAAAAGCAGCAGGAUCGCUUUCGAGACGGUCUCACUUUCAAUAAUGGUCUAAGCCAAAAAGAUGCCUUAUCGUGUACCCUUUUUAAUCUGGCUUUAGAAAAAGUGAUCCGUGAUGCUGAGGUAAAUGCGAGGGGCAUCAUUUUCUCUAAGCCCACUCUUGGGAAGAAUAACCAGAGAUGUAACGCCUGCUCGAUCUUGAUGAAGGUAGAUCAUCGAGAUCGAGCAGGCGGGGCAAGGUCUUUGGCUGCACAUCAAUGAAGGCAAGACGGAAUAUAUAGUAAUAAAGUUUAGCGAAACGCAGUUUUUUCUUCUUACGAACAACUUUAUCCUUUGAAAUCUCCGUCUUUUACAAUCUCUGGAACUAGACUGAACUCUACUCUUGAAAAUUGAAUUUGAAUAUCUAAUGCGUUAUCGGAAUUAUUCCAUAGUUUAUGCUGCGUAUGUAAUU